GCUCCUGAACGUUACGCUUGCGGCUCACCUCGACGAUCUGGAAGUCGCGCUCAGCUCGGGACGCUCUCUUCUCGGCCUCUCCUAGCGUAUCUCUAAAUGAUCCCCGCCCGGCAUACCUUCCUUACAUUCUCGCACGAGUCUUGGCCGUCCAACGCCUGUGAUGCCAACGUACUCAAGAAGUCGCAGGAUCGACUGCAGCGCGUACUGCACGCAGGCUGGCAUUCCUCCAUCGGCAACGCAAGGAUCGGCCGCUUUCCGUGCUUCCUUUGAAACUCCCUCGCACGCGUAGCUGCUCCAAUCACCCGGCCGUACCGCGGUUACGCUCGCCGGCCACUUUCAGAUCGGAAGCCCGGCAGCACGAACUUGCUGUGAUCUUCGGGGAGGCGCUAUCGGCACACCACCUCGAAGCUGGCUCCCGUGAUCUCAAUGAUGUAUGCGUGCAUAGCACAGGCCGACAACAAGCCGUGCCCGAUGAAUGCGCUGCCAGGGGCUCCAGGGAAAGGAUGCGAGGUGGAUUGUAGCCCUCGCUAUUCCAAGACGCGACUCCUAUGAUGAUCGGCCUGCCCAGGCUCGCAGGAUGAGCGCGGCAGGGUAUGGCGUCCGAACGUAUGCGCGAGAUCCCUAUGUACGUGUGUUACCCCUGCGCGGUUCGUAUUGAUGAUGAUGAUCGUAUAGACACGUGGGGUGGUAGAUGGACGGCCAAGGACAGGGUGCGACUGCACAAGUCAGGAGUCGAGUCAGCUCGCUGCUCUCCGCGAUGGUGGCGGGGCGCGCAUGGCUCGCCUUGCAUGCAUGCGCCACGCUUUAUUCUCCCACGUCGCAUAAGUCGGCGUAUGCAAAGGCAACACCCCUUGUGAAUUCAUCGACGCCGAGCCGGAGCGUUGGAUCGGUGAAUUCAUUGAAUGCCUUAGCUGCGCACAUACCUACCGUUGGCCAUCUCCGCUCUCCCCGCGAGAUCGUUUACUCGAGCGGGCUUGCAACGCGCCGACCGCGCAUGGCCGGAGCUGCCUGAUCCUCUUACACUCAAGGCCUUGCGCUCGCAUAAGGCUCGUUUUGAGCGUGUUCGUUGCGCCAUCGUCGAGUGCUACAAGCCAUAGAACUAAUUUCCGCGAUCCAGAACACCUACGAAAAGCGAUACACGCAUGCCGCGAUGAUGGAACUCUUCGAACCCCAUCCGAUACGAAACUUGCAUUUUGAUG